ACUAUACUUUUACAGCUAUCGGAUUUUUCCCGACGUAAUAUCGAUUAUAAAACCAGUAUGAGACCUGUAGAUUAACCCGGUCCAUUUACGUACUGAAUGUAUCGAUUAGUGCCGGUAUUUACACUGUUGCUGCGCGAUUUUAAUUAAGAAAUGAUAUAGGACGAUUGUUUAACUACUAAAGGGACAGCAAAACGUCAUCCGUUGAGAAUAAGUUUAAACAUAGAUAUUGAUUUAGAGUGAUGAUAAUUUUUUAUGAAUGUAUGUAAUGGUGGACAAUUUUGACUAGACGACACAAUGUAUGUUGACAUCACACAAUUCGCAACAACGAUUGUCUUCCUUGUGGCAGCUUUGUUUACAGAUGUAUGUAAUGGCGGUAGUUACUGUAUGUAUCUACAUGAAGACUAUUAUACCUUCAAUCAGAAAUACUGUGAGGCCGGAUGCUGUAAUGAUUACGGGGAUGAGGAUGAGAUAUGCUGUUUCUCGUGGACUGUUGGAAUAAUUCUUGGAGUAUGUUUUGCGUGCAUUGGUUUUAUAGCGAUCGUGGUAUUUGUCAUCAUAUGCUGUUAUACAAUGAAGAAAAGAAGUCGGGCUGGACAAAUAAUAAAUCCUGCACCACAAACCACACAAAAUAACAUGGUCGUUUAUACUGCUUCAGCGGGAUAUUCAUAUCCUCAUCCACCGUCAGCAUUUUACCCUGGAUCCCGGUUUCCAGGGCAACCAAUGGCUCCACCUCCUUAUACAGCCGGUACUCAACCAGCGUACCCGCCCACUUAUUCUGACCAAUCACAAGUCCCACCUCCUUCUUUCGCUGGAUUAUACGGUCAACAGCAUACAGGUCAAGCACCUACAAUGAAUGGACAAAGUGGACAAUCUCAAAAUAAUGACCAACAAUAUGGCGGAUACGGGACGGGACAGUCUUAGCAAAAAUAUUUAUAACACACCCAGUAUGCAAUAUGCGAAGAACGCCGUCCAUUUUUACACAUUUAUGCAACUUACUCAUGUCAUUUACUGUUGAUAAAUACAUGUAUUGUGUAAGUCAUUGCUUAAAAUGCAAAGUUAGCAAUCCCUGAAUGUUCGCAGUUUUUAUGUUAAUUGAGAAUGUCUGUUUAAACAAACAUUAUAAAAGUAUAUAUUGUAACGCUCGUUCCUGGUCAGACACCAUGUUAUACAUGAUUUAACACUAAGUCUUGUUAUAUCCCAUCAAAACACCGUGACCUUUUAGUCAGCUUUUCCAAAUUCAUCAUGAU